UGGGAGGGGUUUAGUAAUUUGCAGGGUGUUACAGGGUGGUGUCCCUGGUCUGCAGGGUGGGUGUAGUAUCCCUGGUGUGGGGAUUACAUGGUGGUAACCUGGUCUGGGCGGGUGGGUAUAGUAACCCUGGGUUGGUGGUUACAGACUGGUGUCCUUGAUCUGUGGAGUGGAUAUAGUAAUCUGGGGAGGGGGGUUACGGGGUUAGGUAUAGUGACCCUGGGGGGUGCUUACAGGGUGGAGUCUUUGGUGUGGAGCUGUAACCUGUGGGGCUACAGGCUGCUGUGCCCAGCUUUCCAACUGGGUUAGGUUGGCUUAUAGGCUUCUGUCAUGUAUCUCAGCUGGAUGUCAAUGUCUUAACCUAUGUAUAUGUGGGGUUCUUUUUGUGUCCAUUAAAGGUAGAGUUGUUUGAGAUUCAUGAGCCGACAUGCUUGGGAGAAGACCCAGGAAAAGUCCCCAGGCAAAGGGCCAGGGAGCUGCUGCUGCAAAGCAGCUGGGGCUCUUUGUAGAUUUCAAUCCUGAAGCAAUGUUGCUGGAUAUAGAGGAUGGUGGUGGUGGUGAUGAGGAUCUAGAAGCGGAGCUUGCUGCUAUCACAGGAGAGAAGGUGACAGAAGGGAAGUCAAACCCCAAACGGAAAACCCCUCUGCCCAUGGAUCAUAUUGAAAAGAUGGCUGCGGAGUGCAUGAAGGACCUGAAUGAAGAGGAGGAGAAGGAGGAGGAUGAAGGUUUGGAGGAGGAUACGGACCUUUUGGCAGAGUUGCAGGAGGUUCUGGGCAAGCAAGACGAAACAGGAAGUGGUGAGAAUGAAACGGGAGCGAUGGAGGUGCUAGCAGCUCCACCAGUAAUACAGCAGCAACCUGAAAUGCAGGCAGAGAGCACAUCUCCUGCUGUUUCCAGUGAAUUGCAACAGAUGAUAGAGGACAGAAUCGCUAACUAUAAGGCAGCAAUCUCUAAUGCGAAGGAGGCAGAUGAGAGUGGUAAAGCACGACGGUAUGAAAGAGGCCUCAAGACGCUGGAAACUAUGCUGGCUGCAAUGAAGAAGGGCAAAAAGAUUAAUGAGGAAGAAAUGCCACCACCUGUAGCAUCAGGGAGAAGCUCUGCUAAUAUGCCUCGAGCCACAGGAGCUGUGCCAGAAAAUUUAGGUGAUCCAGACAAAGUAAUACCCAAGGAGAAAGUGGAAUCCCCUGCAGACCAUGAGCUACAGCCUGUCAAUGAUAUAAAGUUGUCUCCGGGGCCAGCCUCUUUACAAGGUCAUGCUGCUGCUACUUCUGUCCUGGAAAUGGGUGCCACAUUACAAGAUGAUUCCCUUAACAUGAGCACACGAACACUACUGGUUACAAGACAGAAAGAAUAUAAAUUAGCAGCUCUGAAAGCCAAACAGCAAGGAGAUCUAGAGAAGGCAAAAGAAUAUAUGAAGACUGGCAAGAAAUGUGCAAUGGUCUUAGAAGCACUGGAUAGUGGACAGCCAGUAGACCUCCAGGAUAUGCCCCCAGCUCCACAAGAUCUUGAAAGCCUGAAAAAGACGCAGGCUCCAUCAAACCAGAUGGCAUCUGUUCCCGUUGAAAAUUCCCAGCCCCUCACAACGUUCAAACCUCAGGGCCAUGAAGCCUCAGUGUCUGCUCAGCAGCCGAAAACUGUGCUGGAAGCUUUGCAGCAGAGGUUGGAGAAAUACAGAUCUGCAGCAGCACAGGCCAAAGCAAGUGGGGAUGAUCGGAAAGGCAGGAUGCAUGAGAGGAUAGCCAAGCAAUACCAAGAUGCCAUAAGAACCCAUAAAGCAGGGAGAAAAGUGAAUUUUGCUGAAUUACCAGUUCCCCCUGGAUUCCCCCCCAUUCCUGGUGUGACACCCACAGAUGGCAACAGUACAAUAGCUGCCGUGCUGGAAAGCGCCAACCAUCUGGCUAACAUGGAGGAGAAAGAAGAUGAAGAGAGUGAAUCUCCCACACAGGCCCCUGUUGCCAAAAAGCCUGCUCAGCUGCCUCAGAAGCCAACACAAGUUGUAAAGCCAAUUAUGGUGCCAUCUGCUGUAGCCCAGGAAGAGCACUCUUCUGAAAGUGUGAAAAAAGCCAUGUCGCCAUCCACCCCUGUAAGAGAACCAGACAAAGCUGUAUCGAACGACCAUCUCCCUUUAGCCGCAAGUGAACAACUGGAAUUUCUGGAGAACAGGAAGAAGCAAUACUUGAAGGCAGCGAUCAAAGCAAAGCAGAAGAAUGACCUUGAACAAGCCAAACUGUAUCUCAAGACAGCAAAGAACUUGGACCCAAAGAUUGAGCUGGCAAAAAGUGGCAAAUCUGUUGAUAUUUCCAAGCUACCAUCACCCCUUACAGAUGACGAGAGUGACUUCAUCUUCAUCCACCAUGACGACGUCAAACUCUCUCAGAAGGUAGAAGAGGUGUACGCUAAGCUUAUAAAACUGCUAAAGGACCAGCAUGAGAAAUGUUUGCAGUAUUCCAGGCAGUUCAUGCAUCUGGGAAACAUAACUGAAACAGCCCGGUUUGAAAAACUGGCAGAAGCAUGUAAAAAGGACCUGGAGAUUCUGCAGCUUGCACAGGCCCAGGGGAUGGAUCCCCCCAGCCAUCACUUUGAGGAGAGAACCUUUAAAAUAAUAAGAAUAUUUUCUGAACUCAACAGUACAGAAAUGCAUCUUAUCAUUGUCAGGGGAAUAAACCUGCCAGCUCCCCCAGGUGUGACACCAAAUGAUUUGGAUGCAUUUGUGAAAUUUGAAUUUCAUUACCCUAAUACGGAGCAAGCUCAGAAAAGUAAAACGGCAGUAAUUAAAAAUACCAAUUCUCCAGAAUAUAAUCAGCUGUUCAAGUUGACCAUUAACCGUAAUCACAGAGGCUUCCGAAGAGUGAUUCAGACCAAGGGAAUUAAGUUUGAAAUAUUUCACAAAGGGACUUUGUCACAUCAGUGGAGCUUCAUCAGUGAAGGUCUCAGUCGCACCAUCGGAGGGAGAGCUCCUGCCAAAGGAACCCAGAGACAGGAAAAUUGGAUCAUCGGGGCGUCUGGUUCUGGCAGCACUGACUGCAUCCUCUUGUUUUGCCAGAGCUACUCUUGCUUGGAUGGGCAAGCUUACAGAAAUGUGAAGCCAUCAGGGCACAAUAAAAUGAAAUCUAUUUUAAAUUAAAUUUCCCUAGCAAUAGCUUUCAGAUGCUUCACCUGAUUACAAUUUGCUGCAUGUUCCAAGGUUUCCAGUGUAGUAGCCUGGCAGCAUCUGUUGCUCCAUCUGUGUGUAGCCCACACCCAUUCAGUGUGGUGCACUGUUCCAUCUAGUGGUGGCUGGGUUACAUAUGAAGGUUCAUCAGCCUGCUACAGCCUUGGGUAACAGACCUGGGUCCUUUAGCUUAAACAAUAGAGGUUCCUGCUUUCAGAGCCAAAAGUCCCAGGUUCAGUCUCUGCUGCUGACAACCCACCCAGGGGCACAACAUAACAUACGCAUAGUAAAAUUGCUUCCAACAUCAGAUGAUGUCUUCUGUAUUCCAGUGGUACAGGCUCUUUGGGGAGCGUAUAGAUAAAUUAGACACAGAGGCUUUGGACAAGGUGGAAAAAGCCCCACAUUCCUCUCAUUCUAAUCAGAGAUUUCAGUCCAUAUUACCUCAGUGGAUAUUCUCUUUAAGGUUACCACUGUUCCAAGGAGCAGCAUAGAUAUCAUACACUAGGAAGAGGCAGAGGCAGACAUUUUGGGGAGUUGGAAGAUACAUAACAGGCUUCUAUAGAAACCAUCUAACUUAGAAACCUCCGCAGGACUUUGGCUUCCCAAAGUUUGAGGACAUAUUGGACCACUUUCUGGCCCUACUGAAGCCCUUUUACACCACUGCAGUGGCUGUGCCUUCUGUGUUGCACCUUUCAUAAGGUGCCAUGCAGAAUCUGGCCCCUCUUAUCUGGGAGGUUAGACCCAAGAAUCAGCCAUGGGGGAGAAAUGGGUGCUUGAGACAAUCAGAGGAGUACAUUCAGUACAUCUACCUUUUCUCCCAGGAACAAGGCCACAGUUUUAAAAAAAUGUGUGCCUAAAAUUAGGCUCCCAAUCCCAUAGGCACCUGAAUUAAAUGGUCUGAUUUUUAGAAGUACUUAUCAUCCUGUCUUUCAACUUUUUUUUUUUUUUUUUU